UUUUGUUGGAUCUGUCGUCAUCACGACAAAUUGUUUCUUUUAUUUUACACAUGUAGGAGCAUUUAGUAUGAUAACAUUGUUCAUACAUUCGGGAAGUGUUUGUUCAUUAUGAAUAUUUAAAGUUAAUUUAUUUAUUCAACUCUGACUAUAGUUGUUAAAACUGUAAAUAAGCUCCACAUCCCUGACAAUUUUUGGAUUCCCAUCAGUUACUUCAGUUCCAAGAUUUCAGUUAGCAGAAAAUGGUAGAAUAUAGAAAGAAUUGAUUGUUCGUAUUGCAUUUUGAUUGAUUACUGUCCCACUACGUUUACUAUUAAACCCAUAUUGACAAGAUGUUGCUGUUGAAGAAAGUCCAUGAUGUUAUUGCAAGUUUAGUUUCUUUUAUAAUCCAGUUGGUCGUCUUUUGUAUCUGCAAGAAGACAAGAAAUCUUCUGGGUUCGAUCUCAUCUAUAAUCGAGAUGACUUGGACGUUAGCACGUUUGAUAAGACGUGGUAUCAGACUUGUAUGUUGCGGCUUGACAAUAGUGUCAAAGGCGAGCCGAUUGAGAAGACAAAAACAUAAGAUCCUACGUGUGAUCAAUGCUAAAGGCUUCCGUCUAAGGGAUCGAGAUGAACAUUUGAGAAAGGAUCUACUGUCAAGGAAAUUAGUAGAAUCCCUAUUGACCCCAGAACAGAUGGAAGUUGUAAAAGUACAACUGGCCGCUAGAAGCAGACAACUGACUAAUGUUCAACAAAAAGAAUUAGAAAGAAGAUUGCAAAAAUCAGAGAGAGUGAAACAAUUGCUCGAUGAUGUGGUUGAAGGCAGGAAAGAAAGAAAAAUUGCCAACCUAGAAAUAUUGAUAAUGUCUUUUAUGAGCAGAAGAUUGAUGAUUCAACAAAGAAUCACUAGAAAUUUGAGAGAAAAUAGAGGAGCAAAUGAUAGACGAUAUCCGUACCUAUAAUUUGUCUGAGUGUCACUAGUGAUUGUUUUUUUACAUUUAUUUGUAUGUAAUUUAUUGAUAUGUACCAUCGUAAUAUUACAUAAUACACUAUUAUAAUUACAAAUAAGAUUUAUAGUAGAGAUGAAAUGUUUUCCUAUAAAUAUGUAUAUUUAUAAACUAAAUUCUAGAAUUGAUAAUAAAAUUGGGUUUAGGAAACCCAAUAAAAUUA